GCCGCGGCCGCUCUACCUCGGCGAUCGAGGUACGACAUCAGCCCCCGCGUCUCGCCUCCUCUCUCAUUUCGCGCGUCUCUCUUCGUUUCUCUUCCUUUUUUUUCCGCCCCGGUCCAAUCUCCGGGAAAAAUCAGCAAACAAGUCAGAUCGCCGUACAUUGGUAUUCGUGACACCGCAACCGAACACCGCGGACUCGCCUUUUUUUUUCCUCUUUUCUCUUUUUCCUUUAUUUUUUGCCGUACCCGGUAAACGAUCUGUCCGCGCGCGAGUUGGGUGAUCGUUGACAUCAUAGAGCUCGGAAUAAAAGAGAUAACUGUUACAUAAUCGCGACUUUCGAUUCGGGAACUUUUUGAAAAUUAAUAUAGAGAAAGAGAGAAAGAGAGAGAAAGAGAGAGAGAUAGAGAGGGGGAGGGAGAGGAAAGUAGGCUGAAUUAAUCGUGCACUAAGGAAGAUACCCGCCAUGUACUCGAUUCUGCUACUAACGAGAUCCGCUCGGCUCGGUAAUACGCCACGAAGACUGACCUCGUCGUUCAUGGGACCGCGCUUGCCGCAGCUAAUAAGUAAUGGCGUGUCGCAAGCGUACGUGCGGAGGGAACUGCAAACGUCGGAGAAACCACGAAGGCAGCAGACCUUUACGGAGCGCACUGAAUUGAAAUACGCCCGCCGACUAGUAAUCAAGCUCGGCAGUGCCGUUAUAACGAGGGAAGAUGAACACGGUCUGGCCCUUGGACGUCUCGCGUCUAUCGUCGAACAGGUAGCCGAAUGCCAGCUCGAGGGUCGCGAAUGCAUCAUGGUAACUAGCGGGGCAGUCGCCUUCGGCAAGCAGAAGCUCACCCAAGAGCUUUUAAUGUCCAUGUCGAUGAGAGAGACUCUGAGCCCUACGGACCACACGCGGGAACACGCAGGAACUAUGUUAGAACCUAGAGCAGCCGCUGCGGUGGGUCAAUCAGGUCUUAUGUCCCUCUACGACGCGAUGUUCGCCCAGUAUGGAGUCAAGAUUGCCCAGGUGUUGGUGACCAAGCCCGACUUCUAUAACGAGGAAACACGGAAGAAUCUCUUCAGCACCUUAAGUGAACUGAUCAGCCUGAACAUUGUACCAAUCAUUAACACGAACGAUGCGGUAUCUCCGCCACCAGACGUCGACGAAGAGAUCGCCGGCGGUGGUGGUAGAAAAGGAAUAUCCAUUAAGGAUAACGAUUCCUUGGCAGCUAUGUUAGCGGCUGAGGUCCAAGCGGACUUGUUGGUCCUCAUGAGCGACGUCGAUGGGAUUUACAAUCUGCCACCUUGGCAGGAUGGCGCGAAGAUGCUGCACACCUUUAGUUCCGAUCUGAGGGGUACCAUUAAGUUUGGGCAAAAGUCGAAGGUAGGCACAGGUGGCAUGGACGCCAAGGUCAACGCUGCACUCUGGGCGAUGGAUCGUGGCGUUGCGGUGGUUAUUUGCAACGGCACUCAAGAAAAGGCUGUUAAGAGCAUCAUGUCAGGCAGAAAGAUCGGAACGUUAUUCACGCAGGCUGCCGGCUCAUCCACGCCUGUCGAAGUGAUUGCCGAAAAUGCCCGUGUCGGCAGUAGACUGCUACAGGCAUUACGCCCGGAGGAUCGAGCCGAAUGCAUCAAAAUUCUCGCGGACCUACUCGAAUCCAAACAGUCCGAGAUUCUUGCGGCAAACUCGAUGGAUCUGGAGAGCGCAAGCAAAAAAAAUCUAGCAAAGGCCCUACUAUCGCGUCUGUCUCUAACGCCGGCGAAGCUCAAGUCUUUGAGUUCUGGUCUGCAUCAGAUCGCGGACGAUUCGUUAAACAAUGUAGGUCGCGUGCUCCGUAGGACCAGAUUGGCCGAAGGUCUGGAAUUGGAGCAGAUAACGGUGCCCAUCGGAGUGCUACUGGUGAUUUUCGAGUCGAGACCGGACAGCCUGCCUCAGGUAGCCGCCCUGGCCAUGUCCAGCGCCAACGGGCUUCUCCUGAAAGGCGGUAAGGAAGCCUCCCACAGUAACAAGUACUUGAUGACGCUCGUGAAGGAGGCGUUGGACAAAUUCGGUGCUUCGAACGCUAUUUCGCUCGUGUCCACGAGGGAGGACGUGAGCGAUCUUCUCUCGAUGGAGAAACAUAUAGAUCUCAUUAUACCUCGCGGUAGUUCAGACUUGGUCCGCACGAUCCAGGAGCAGUCUAAGCACAUACCCGUCUUAGGACAUGCCGAGGGUAUCUGCCACGUUUAUGUCGACAAGGAUGCAGAUGUAGAGAAGGCCAUAAGGAUUAUCAGAGAUUCUAAGUGCGAUUAUCCCGCCGCGUGCAACGCCAUGGAGACGUUAUUAAUACACGAAAGUCUUAUGAACGGCAGCUUCUUUAGUGACGUGUGUAAUAUGUUGCGUAAAGAAGGGGUGAAAAUCAAUUCCGGUCCAAAACUGGGCGAGUUAUUGACCUUUGGCCCACCUGCCGCCAAAAGCAUGAGAACCGAAUACGGUGCACUCGAAUGUACCAUAGAAGUAGUUUCAAACAUCGACGAUGCCAUUAACCACAUUCAUAAAUAUGGUAGUAGUCACACCGAUGUUAUUGUCACCGAGAAAACCAGCACAGCGACGCAUUUCCAGAGAGAGGUAGACAGCGCGUGUGUCUUCCAUAAUGCCAGCACCAGAUUUGCAGAUGGCUACAGAUUUGGUCUUGGAGCGGAGGUCGGUAUUUCCACGGCACGUAUCCAUGCACGUGGUCCAGUAGGAGUGGAUGGGCUAUUAACGACAAAAUGGAUUUUAAAAGGCGAUGGACACGCGGCCGCGGAUUUCGCUGAAGGAGGCAAUAGAACUUGGCUCCAUCAAUCUUUACCUCUCACAGAAUCAAUGUGAAUCGAUCGCUCUAACUUGUAAUCUCGGGAUAAUUAGAAUCAUUCAUAAGAUACUACAAAUUAUCUUUAAAGGAAAAACAUUGGGAAAUGUAAAUCGAAAAAGCUCAGGCAUGAUAGACUACAAACUAAAUAAAAUAUUAUCUUAUCUAAUUAUUUUUAAUAUAUAUACAUAUUGAAACAAAAUUGAAAAUUGUGGCUACAUCAGUAUAAUUUAUUGACAAUAGAAAUAUUUAUAAAUUUUUGCGUUUGUGAAAUAAGAAUAGGUCAAUAUAUUAUGGACAGGAAUAGCAUGUCACAAAAUUAUUGUAAAAGUCAUAAAGAUAUAAUUUUCGAUACAUCUAAAAAAA